AUGCGCGCGUACAACAUCCUCAUCAGAUUCAAUUCGCAUUGUAUUGCCCGUAGAUACUUGGGAAAUGCAGCUAGGGGGCCUGCAUUGGAUGAUAUAUCUGGCAAUUUUAAUGAAGCCAAGAAACUGUUUUACAAACCACAACUUUCCCAUUCUGAACUACAACAAAGUGUUGAAUCGCUUAGACUUUUUCUUUUUUGGGGAAUUGUAGGCUAUUGUACCCUUGACUUGAUCAUUAAUCCUCUAAAAAGCAAUUACUGGCACUAUAUUUUAUCAGUUAGACACCUUUAUGGAUUAUUCGUGAAUAAACAAAGCGAAAAUGUGUUUUACACCAGCAAAUCAGAUGAUUAUGGCAAUACUGAUGCGUGGAGGCAGUAUUUGAAGUUAUAUAAAUGA